AUGGUGUCUGUUUCGUUGAAGCCAUCGGCUCAAAAAUAUGAGCGGGACAAAAGACAGGAAGAUGCUCAAAAAGUGACACGACAGAAAGAGUUAUCAGACAUGAACCAUAAAUCGUGCCAAUUGUGUUUUGAAUGGAAUUUCAGAAACAAAUCAAGAAGGUGGGAAUUGAAAAUCAAAAAUCUACAAAGACUCGUUACAAGCCACCUAAAAAAGGAAAACCUUCGAGAAGAAUUGAAAUGCCUCCACGAACUGAACAAGUUAUAAUUGAUAUACUUGAAACGCCAAUUGAAGGAUCUCCAUUGAAUCCAGUCACCGAUAUGAGAAUCGUACCACUUACCAUCAUCCGACUCAACUCUGAAAUUCAAAUUCCAGUGCUGGAUCUUUUCUA